CCCAGGUGGGUUACAUUGCAGCCUGUUUCACUAAUGUCAGCUGCAGCAGUCUCGCUCAGUAAAGGACCAAUUUGUUACUGUUAGUCACUUGAACACAUUUCCAAGGGAAAAUUGGGUCCACGUUGAAAAAUACCAAAGAUACCCUUUAAAUUGCAUUGUAUUAUUGUCAGGUGUUUUUGUUUGUCUCCAGCUGAAGGGCAGACAAUACAAUUUACCACAGACAUCACAUAGCAUUGCCACAGUCUUAACAAACAGUGAUCAAUAGCCUGUAGCUGGCAUUGCACUGGGUUGCAUUAUAGUAUAGGCCUGGGUGACAAUUUUUGUCCUCACCAGUGUAGGGUAAUGUGUGAGUGUUAGAGUAUUUGGUAGGCCUGUGGUGUGUUGGUACGGUCGGUGUGUGUGUGUGUGUGUGUGUGUGUGUGUGUGUGUGUGUGUGUGGACAUGUUUAUCCCUUCGUUCUCAUUGGCUGCUGAAACUUGUUGGAGCUUUUCUCUGUGGAAAAACAGAAAGCUCCAAGAACCUAUCGGUGCUCACGACCCGUCCCCCUCUCUGGAGCCCGCCUGGUCCAGACUUGUCCGGGAGACAGUGAAUGUAGUCCAGCCUUCACACCGCUUAAAUAAGCUCAUGUCAGAGACACAGCACUUGUAUAUUGUGGGCAAAUUAACAUUGUAAGGACUCCCUGCCGCUCCACACAGCGCUGCACUUUGCCGCCGAAUAUCCUUAUCCUGCUUUGAGGGCUUUCAUACUGAUAACCUACUUAAUCUCUUUUUUCUUUUCCGCCACACACUGGAUCCAUCUGACAUUCCCACCUUCGAAACACUUGUGACCAACAAGUCUACACUUGAACUGGAUUUCUGAGAUAAACCCUUUUUGUUUUUGUUUUCGUUUGUACCUUCUUUUAAAUGGUACAAUGUCGUCUUUACCAGGAACAGUACCGCGGAUGAUGCGCCCGGCUCCCGGACAAAACUAUCCCCGCACUGGAUUCCCUCUGGAAGUGUCCACUCCUCUGGGCCAGGGACGGGUCAAUCAGCUCGGAGGGGUCUUCAUUAACGGCCGGCCGCUCCCCAACCACAUCAGACACAAAAUAGUUGAGAUGGCCCACCACGGGAUCCGGCCCUGCGUCAUCUCCCGACAGCUGCGGGUCUCUCACGGCUGCGUCUCCAAGAUUCUCUGUCGCUAUCAGGAGACCGGCUCCAUCCGACCCGGAGCGAUAGGAGGCAGCAAGCCCAGGCAGGUAGCCACACCGGACGUGGAGAAGCGGAUAGAGGAGUACAAGCGGGACAACCCCGGCAUGUUCAGCUGGGAGAUCCGGGAUAAGCUGCUGAAGGACGGGGUGUGUGACAGAAGCACAGUCCCUUCAGGUGAGGCCUCCUCUGUGAGUUCGAUCAGCCGUGUCCUCCGAGCUCGAUUUGGAAAAAAGGACGAUGAGGACGAGUGUGACAAAAAGGACGAAGACGGAGAAAAGAAAACCAAACACAGCAUCGACGGCAUCCUCGGUGAUAAAGGCAGUCGGAUGGAUGAAGUGUCGGAUGUGGAGUCAGAGCCUGACCUCCCCCUGAAGAGGAAGCAGCGCAGGAGUCGGACCACAUUCACUGCAGAGCAGCUUGAGGAGCUAGAGAAGGCUUUCGAAAGAACCCACUAUCCUGAUAUCUACACCAGGGAGGAGCUGGCCCAGAGGACAAAACUCACUGAGGCCAGGGUGCAGGUUUGGUUCAGCAAUCGAAGGGCCAGGUGGCGAAAACAAGCAGGAGCAAAUCAGCUAGCAGCUUUCAACCACCUGUUGCCGGGUGGAUUUCCUCCCACAGGGAUGCCAACACUUCCUGCAUACCAGCUGCCAGAGUCCAGCUACCCAACCAACACUCUGUCCCAAGACGGUGGUGGUACAGUUCACCGUCCCCAGCCAUUACCUCCGUCCACCAUGCACCAGACCGGUCUGUCCAGCACUGACAGCAGCUCUGCCUAUGGUCUGGCCUCCAACCGCCACGGCUUCUCCACCUACUCUGACUCUUUUAUGAGCUCUGCAGCACCCAGCAACCACGUCAACCCUGUUAGCAAUGGGCUCUCCCCUCAGGUGAUGAGCAUCCUGAGUAACCCCAGUGGAGUUUCCUCACAGCCACAGCACGACUUCUCUAUCUCACCGCUCCACAGUGCCUUGGACUCCUCUCCAUCCAGUGUCAUCUCAGCAAGCUGCAGCCAGCGUUCAGCUGAGGCCUCCAUUAAGACAGUGGACAGCCUCCCGUCAUCCCAAUCCUACUGCCCCCCCACAUACAGCACCACUAGCUACAGCAUGGACCCAGCUGUGGCUGCUGCCGGCUACCAGUACAGUCAGUAUGGCCAGACUGCUGUGGAUUACCUGGCAAAAAACGUCAGCCUUUCCAGUCAGCGCAGGAUGAAGCUGGCCGACCACUCAGCUGUACUGGGACUGCUGCAGGUUGAGACUGGCCAGGCCUACUAGUACCCACUUAACAUGCACACCUAGUCACCAGCACAACCCACCUCCUGCUACCAUCCAUACAAAUCUCCCAGAGACCGUGUGUGUGUGUGUGUGUGUGUGUGUGUGUGUGUCAUAGAUUGACUAUACAGUACACUGGGGUGUUAUUUAGGUUUUUUUUAAUUUCAUGUAUGUGUUUCCUCCAGGGUUUAAGGAUUGAAUGAUGCAGCUGCCGAAGCUUUAUACAUUCCCAUGGGACCAACCAAAUCCACCAUAUCAGUUUCCACUGUUAAGAAUAUAGUUCUUCAUUUGUUGUUUGUCAUAUUGCACUACAUUUUGUACACAGUAUUGAUGGAAUCUAACUUAACAGGAUAAUUAUAGUUAACUCGUGAUAUAAACAAUUAGGCCUACUAUGUAAACCAAUCACUUUAGACUGGAUGUAACCUUUGACCUGCUAUUUAAAAUAUAUAUAUUUUUAAAAACAAGGUCUUCAAACAAACAAAACAAACUAAAUUAUACAUUGUAGUCAUACUGUAAUGAUGCAUCCAUUCUUAAUGCCAAGCAUACCUCAAGUUGUGAAGUGUCAACACCCUUAGUGUUCUGUCUGAACACACCUUAUGGUUUAUUUAGCCUUUUAAAAUUUCAUGUAAUUGUUUCCUCCAGGAUUUAAGUACCCCUGUUGCCCCCGUUACUCUGCUAAGUCACCUAUGACCAUUUGUAUUGAGUUUCAUUCACUGAUGAAUUUUUCUGGCUGUGUUGUCAAACUAGGGAGUGCUAUACUGGGUCAAAAAAACUACAUGUUGCUAAUUAAAGAAACAAAAAAAAAAAUAAAUAAAAAAUAAAUCAGGUGCCCUCCAAGGAUAGGGCAAGUAGGCGAAUAAGGAUAAAAGACAAUGCCUUUCCAGCUUACUCAUUGUAGAAGUCCAUGGUAUAGGUUGGCGGUCUGAAAAAAAUCCAAGGCACUCUUCUGACUGUAAAUAAAAAUCCUUUAUCAAUAAAUUGAUGACCAAUGCGUUCAUACUUAACAGACUUCAUCAGGGUAUAAAAUGUACUGGGGUCAGGAGGGGGGAAUAAUGAUGGUACUAGCAUCUUAUAAAACUGUAUUAUUGUUUUUGGAUAAGUUUUGGAUAAGUGUUAACAGUAUUUUUACAUUGAACCUCCCUCUCAGUAUCCGAUAUUAUAUGUUAUUACAAUAAUAUGUUAUUAUAGCUUUGGACAAGUAUUAUUGAGGGUGACCCCUUAUCAGCCCUUUUAUACACCCUCCUCUCAAUAUUCAAGUCAAGUCAAGAAGUCAGGUAGUACUUAAUUUGCCCCAGAGGGGCAAUUAGUUUUAUAGUAGUGACAACAGUAGGGAUGCACGAUAAUAUCAGCACAUUAUCGGUAUCGGCCGAUAUUAUCCUUAAAAUGAAUCAGAAUCAGAAUCAGCCAACAUGCUUUUUCUUAUUUUGUACAAUAAAUGAAUAUGACAUACAUUGAAAAGCAUACUAUUUCGUGUCUCCAUCUGCGGGUGGGCCAUUAUGAUAAACGUAUGCAUGCAUAAUACAAUGUUAUUUCUACUAUGGACGACAAUGAUCACUAAAAUUAGUUGGGAAAAAAAGUGAGUAUAUCAAUAUCAUUAUUGGUGAUUGGCCAAGUUAGUUGUGUUAUAUUGGUGUAGCCGUCUUGCUACAUGUGUGAGUUCCCCCAGUAUAGAUACACAGAUUUGCAAAUGAGUUUUCAGUCUUUUAUUCCACCAACAACACAGGCAGAGGUGUCCUUCCAGUGGAAAGCAGACAGACGACUGCUCAGGACCAGCACACUACUGCAUAAAAAGGGGAGAAAGAGCAGUCAGAAUCAUUAGCAGCAGCUGUUCCAAUCAACUCAUCUGCCACUACUCUCCUGAGCCAUCCCCCCACACCUGUCUCUCUCUCUCUCUCUCUCUCCUGCAGCUGACUGUUAACCACAUACCCUCCACAAUCGGCAUAUCGGAUGUCAGCAAAAAAUCCAAUAUCAUGCAUGCCUAAUUAGGGGUGCAAACCAACAUAAUUUGGACUUUUGUUUUUUGUACAA